UGAUUUGGUCUCUACGGAGGCCCGUAGUCGGUCUCCAAGAUGGCGACUACCCUGGAUGUCCACGUCCGGAUGUGUAACCAAGAGAUUGUCAUAUUCGACUUGGAAGUUAAAGCGUUUAUCCAGGAUAUUCGGGAUUGUUCGGGACCAUUGAGCACACUUACAGAACUGAAUGCCAAAGUAAAGGAGAAGUUUCACCAUUUACGCCUCAGAAUACAGGAACUUGAGCAGAUGGCUAAGGAACAGGAUAAAGAAUCUGAGAAACAAGUUUUGCUCCAGGAAGUUGAGAAUCACAAGAAGCAAAUGCUCAGCAAUCAGACUGCAUGGAGGAAAGCAAAUCUUGCUUGUAAAAUUGCAAUUGACAAUUUAGAAAAAGCAGAACUUCUUCAAGGAGGUGACAUGAGGCAAAGAAAAACUACUAAGGAGACCCUCGCACAGACUUCCAGUAGCAUCACAGAAAGCUUAAUGGGCAUUAGCAGAAUGAUGUCCCAGCAGGUUCGCCAGAGUGAGGAAGCCAUGCAGAUUUUAGCAAAUUCUUCUCGAACUAUCCUGGAUGCGAAUGAAGAAUUUAAGUCUAUGUCAGGAACUAUCCAGUUGGGACGAAAGCUCAUCACAAAAUACAACCGCAGAGAACUGACAGACAAGCUGCUUAUUUUUCUUGCUCUCGCUCUUUUUCUGGCUACUGUACUUUAUAUCCUAAAGAAAAGGCUUUUUCCAUUUUUGUAAGAUUUAUAAGACUAUCUUUCUUUUUGACAAGUUAUGAACCUUUUAUUCCUUUGAGGUCAGCCAGUGCUGCCAGUUCAAGCUACAAAGAUGUCAGGUUUGUUUAUUCAAAUUGUUCAGUGCCUCAAAUGGAAAUGCCCUAGGUCUUGCCAGAAUUCUUUCAUAAAGGGUAGAAAGAAAAUGUGAAAGGAAACGUUGGCUUGGGAAACUUACAGAAAUUAUGAAAUUCUGAGAUCCCCGGAUUCAAGAUCUACUAUGACUGAGCAGUUAUGAAUACCUCUGGGUCUGCUUUCAUUUUUUUGCUAGACACCUUUGUUUUCUUACCUCCCACCUAGAAUGUCUUGAGUUCCAGAUUAAAGAAAAUUAAAAGGAAAGAAAGAUGGAAUGGGAAGACAAAAUAUAGAUUUUAUUCAUUACUACUUAAUAAAUUUGAUAGUGUUACUGGAUUAAAAUGCAAUCUUGUAUAAAGUAUCACUAUGGAACUAUA